AUGACUAAAAGUUCUAAAAACGUGUUACAAAAUAGCAGUCUGUUACUACAGUCUUGUACCGUGUCGGUGUUGCCGCCUGCGUAUCCGACGUCGUCUGAGAGCAGCGUAGGUGAUGCGGAACCUCGAGCUCCUAGUUCGUCUGGCCGAAGAGUCGACUACUAUGCCGAGGAAAUAAGGUGCCACUGGAAUAUGUAUAAGAUCAUUUCCCGGCUCAGCACCCCAGCUCAGUGCAUUGCAUUUUCUAAAGAGCAUAGGCUCCUUUCUACAGAAAAAUUGUGCACAUAUCAUAGGAGACCUAUGACGUUAAGUUCCAGCAGUAAGACUGGUCAGCUUGGCAUAUUCCGAUGCAGGAAGAGUAACUAUCGCUCUAAGGCCGUGAGUCGGGCAGCGGGAACAUGGUUCGAGAAUGCGCGGCGUUCUAUCGAGUUAAAAUUUUACUGA